GACAAGCGUACCUAUCCGCCUGUGAUAAACGAUAAAACUCCUUGAAGCUACCACUAUUGUCGUACGUAUUUUGUAUCACCGGUCCAAUCCCCCAGUCCCCUUAAGCGCCCCCCUAUUUUAUUUACGUAGACCUACCCACUUAAUUUCCUACAUCUUUACUUCUUUACUUACAUAACUUCUCCAUUGUUGACCGCCCUUCUUCCCUCCUAACUCGAUCUACCUUCAUCUCUAUCUACAAACGCCAUCUCGUGCGUAUACUAUUCCUCUCAAUCCACCUAUUCUUGCUUUUAGACGUUGACCUUUAGCUUGUAGCGUUGCCUUCUACACGACUCACGACCAUGUCUGCUCCCGUGAUCCCCCCAGGCGGUACUCUGCUUCAGACUUUCAAGAAGUCUUUUGUGGACGUACCUGUCGAUGCCGAUAACGACAAUGCCAUUUCCACUGCCGAAUUCCUCGAUGCCGCCGAGUCUCUUACUACCAUGUUCGACGUUCUCGGAUCCGUAGCUUUCUCUCCCGUCAAAUCUGAUAUGUUGGGCAACAUCAAGAAACUCCGUGACCGCUUUCUCGCUGCCCCUACCGAAUCCACAACUCUGCAGUCUCUCGUCAUCAACGAGUUAAAAACGAAGAAGCACGUUGCCACUGAAGGUCUUCUAUGGCUGAACCGAGGAUUGGAUUUCACCUGCAUUGCAUUAAGCCAGAACGUAGCUCAAGAAGCCGAAGAACUCUCAACUUCCUUCCGAAACGCGUACGGUUCGACCCUCAAGCCCCAUCACGGCAUCCUCAUUAAGCCCGUUUUCUCUGCCGCCAUGAGUGCUUGCCCAUACCGCAAAGAUUUCUACCCUAAGCUAGGAGAAGACCAAGCCAAAGUCGCCGCCGAGUUGCGAGUUUACUUGGCCGCUCUUGAGAAGAUUGUCGCCAUAUUGAAGGGUUUCCAGGAGCGCAAGGAAGCCAAGUGGUAAUAAGAGAAAGGCAAAAACUAUGUGUGUGCCCGAGUUUUUGAAUGCUUCGGAAACAUUUGGGAAGCUGGCAUUUGCAUUUAUGGGGCAUAUCUAUUUGUCCAUACCUAAGCUGG